GUAGUUUUCAGUGUGCGGGCGGUAGUCAGCGGGAAGGGGGCACGUGAGGUGUGCGCUGUGCUUCAGUGCGCUGCACCGAACCCCCGCCUCGUCUCCGCGACCCCGGCCGGCCGCUGGUGGCUCCAACGGGCUCCCUGGGAUACCACUGAGUCCAAAGGAGGCCCCUGCCUGUGCUCCGGCUCUGAAUGAGCCGGCCCAGCUUCUGCGGCGGAGUCUUAGCCCCGCAGCUCAUCGCAGCGUCUCUGAGCGGCCCAGGGGGCACGUCCCGACUGGCAGCGAUUGUCUUCCAGGUCUGCGGAGAGGACGUGGCCGUUGCACUAUUGCUAUAGAGCUAGGCCCAAGCACUCAGACAUCACUAGUCAGGCCCAGAUACCGUGAGAUUGAAAACGUGGAGAGUUGCUGGAGUUAGUUAUACCUGUGAUUGUCUUCAGGUGCCCAGGCGUCACGUUUUCCAGGUAAUUUCCUGACCUGAUCUGGAUUAAAGCAGCAGAGCAACUCUUAGUUCUUAGGAAGUUCACAAAACUUCUCCCCAUUUUUAUAGCAUAUAUUUAUGAUAAACCUUAAACAGCCUCAGAGGUUGGGCAGGCACAAUAAAGUACAGAACCGUCAAGCCUCGUUCCUGGGAAGAGAGAUGCUCCCUCACCGUUUGUACUAGUAGUUUGGUAGUUUGAAAUAUUUCUUCUUUUAGUGAUGAAGGAUUUUGCAAUUUUUGUUUUAACAAGAGUCUUAAAAGCUCUCUUGUGAUCUUUAUUCAAAAACUUUCACAGCUUGACACCCCUUAAGAGUUUUACUAUAAACUUCCUCACAAACUUCACUUCCCACUAGAUCUCUCUUGUGGAGUGUUCCCAGUAUAUUCAUCCUCCUCAUCAUGGCUUUUUUCCAUCCCACUAGCUUUUCGGGUUUGCAGACUUUGGGGAAAUACCCCAUGUUUUGGCCUGUUCCAAGGUGCCAACAGCUGUUUGCUGUCCUCCGUCUCCUGAACAGGAAACAUGUUAAAUGUUUCCCUUUUACUACCACUUCUCAAUCUGCAAUACCAAUGGAUCCCAAAGCAACUCAUAUGCUGUCUACUGAGACCAAAUCUAAAGGUAGAGAUGGAGAGGAAAAGGAAGGCAGGGCCAGAGGAGACACCUCUUCUCCUCAUCCUUUUUCCCUGUUCUCUGCUGGAGCUGCCAAGAGGAGAUCAAAGAACCAAGAGGAACUGCUCAUGAUAUCUAAAAAGAAUGGUAUCUGCCCCCCAGAAAAACCUUUGUGUGUGGCGGAAUGGGAAGAGCUGAAGGGAGAAUUUAAGGGAAGUAGCAAGUUUGAAGAUGUAAUGCUAGAGCAGAUGAUCAACUGCAACAGCUCCAUAGAUGUGGCCAAAUCUUUGCUGUCUAUGGUGGCAAUGAGAAAAGGUGACAUCAGUUAUAAUUUAUUGGUCAAGUACCUGGCUCUGUGUGUCCGGCAGGAGCAGAUGGCAGAAGUUUAUGAUGUCUAUGAUAUAAUGAAAGUCAGAUUUAAGACUUUAGAAACUGGGGCUUACAGCCUUCUAAUCAAGGGUCUGAGUGGUUCCAAUCGGUGGAGAGAGACCUUAUUGCUACUGCAAGAGAUAAAAAAAGUCAUGACCCCGUCAAAAGGGAAUUAUGGAGAUUGUAUCAAAGGAGCCCUAAAUAACCAAGAAAUAAACUUGGCAUGUGAACUGUAUCACGAAAUGCUGGCUAAGGAUUUGAUACCAAACUUGGAUACGCUGCAGGUCUUUUUUGAUACUGGCAAAUGCAUGAAGGACGAUCAGUUAAAAAGUGAACUCUUAGGAAUCCUCUUGUAUCUGAGAGAAAAUCAGCUAUAUCCUGGAGAAGCUCUUAUGCAGAGCAUAAAGUUAUGGUUUGAAAGCAUUCCAGGAGAGAAAUGGGAAGGACACUUAACUGCCAUUAAAAAUAGCGGAAAAUGUCCAGUUUGUAACCAAAAUCUGGAAGCUAUUCAUCUGAGCCAAGAAGAGUACAAUGCACUCAAGGAAAAAAUAAUAAAAGAUGUAAUCCAGGGAACUGAUACAUUCAGGAAGACGAGUCCUCAGGAACUUGAAGAAUUUCAAAACUUUGUGGAAAAUCAUCCUCCGUAUGAUAUUGUGAUAGAUGGACUCAAUGUUGCCAAUGUUUCUAACAGAAGGAACCAGUCUCAAACUCUUUGUGAUGUUGUCUUCCACCUGGCACAGCAGAAUCUGCGGUUGCUCGUGCUGGGCCGCAAACACAUGCUGACUGGGUCUUAUAGCUGGAAAAGGCACAUUGUGGCUGCUAUGCAGAAGAAAGCAGACUUCUUCUUUGCUGAAAAUGUGUCAGAAGAUGACCCCUUCCUAUUAUAUGCCACUCUUCACUCAGGAAAUCAUUGUAAGUUUCUUACUAGAGACCUCCUGCGAGAUCACAAGGCUUGUCUUCCCGACAAUCUUACUCGGCAUCUGUUCUUUAAGUGGCAGCGUGGACACCAAAUGGUGCUUUCCCACUACUGGCCAGGAAAGAGAAUAGAAUUUCAGCCUGUUCUCACUUACGACACCGUGGUACAGACUACUGGUGACACUUGGCAUAUUCCCUAUGAUGAACAGCUGGUGGAAAGAUAUUCCUAUGAAGUGCCAACAAAAUGGCUUUGCCUUCAACGGAAAUAAUAAAGAAUGCAGUUUUACAAAC